GGAGAAGUGACGUUCACCAAGGCAGUCACGUUCACGCACAUUCACACGAUCGUCUCAUGAUCUGUCGUCCAUUCGAGAACAGAAAAAAGACACCACCUGCCACUCAACUAUCCCAGCCGCUACACACGAGUGACAGCAGCAGCAGUGUCGACCACCCCACUACGUCGCCCAGCGUGCCACCUGCUAUGAAUCUGCACGCCCAGAACACGCACAGACGACGAAAGAGAAAGGGUCCCACGAUCACUGACUGCAUUCCCUAACAUUCCAGCGCACCGUAUGACGUGGCCAGCUCGCCGAUGUGGUCAUUGACCCUGACUGCAUGGGUGCUCUCGCCGCUGGUGGCGCGGCGGCCAUGCACUGCAGCGGCUUGUGAGUCCCUCUUGGUCGAUGGUGGAACCUUGACGGCGCUGGGCGGGGCGGUGCCGAGGCUGCUCAUGGUGCCGACCUUGGCCAUGAGGUUGUCCACGUACUCACGCAGCACGCCAUUCUCCUCACGCAACGUGUGGUUCUCACUCUUGACGCUGUCUACACGCAGAGUGAGGGCUGCAGAGGCAGAAGAAGGAAGAAACAAUUAAAAGGGGUGAUCGGCGAUGAGGUGUGUGUCUGCCGCGUCGACUGCGCUUGCCUGCGAGAGUGUCCUGCAUCUCGAGUAUCUUGUCGACGAGUACAUCCUUGGACAUCCUAAAAACAAUAUCAACAUGCCAGCCGAUUUGAGAACGGAUUGAGGUUCGCUUGCUCACUUAUCGAACUUUGCCAGCUCUUUGUCCAUCUUCUGCUUCC